UCUCACUGCAACUGCAGAAGGAUGAGUCUGGGUAAAAGGAGGGGAUGACAGACUUGAGAUAAUGCAGUUAGCAAGACUUCGUAGCCUAAUAGAGCUGUAGUCAGGAGAGAGAGACUUGCCAAACCUUCAAAUCAUCACAUCAUCCACGCGGAUUUAUCAUAGGCUAUUCAUUAUUAGCAUUUUUUUUUAACAUUUUGAGUAAAGUACAAGGUCACAAUUUUAUUGUUGCUUUAUCCUAGUUAACGUGCUUUGUAUUGAAGUCUUUCGGAUUGGGUGGAGAUCAAACGGUGACUAUGGCCUCGGAGUCGGAGACGAAUAAACGGCUCUUGCUAGAUGUCCUGACCAGACCUGGAAACGAUGCAUGUGCGGAUUGUGGCAAUGCAGAGCCAGACUGGGCGUCGGUGACUUUGGGUGUGUUUGUGUGCCAGGGCUGCUCUCUCCUCCACAGAGGCAUCCCCCACAUCAGCAGGGUCAAGUCCGUCCAGCAGGAGUCAUGGGAGGCCUCAGAGGUGGAGCUAAUGGCUGCCAUGGGUAACGAAGCAGCCAAAGCUAAGUACGAGCAGAAGGUUCCAGCAUUCUACUACAGACCCAAACACACAGACUGCAAGCUACUGCGGGAGCAAUGGAUCCGAGCCAGGUACGAGAGGAACGAGUUUGAGUUCAUCGAGAAACAGGAGCCUUACUCUGCAGGGUACAGAGAGGGGUUUCUAUGGAAACGGGGCCGAGAUAACGGUCAGUUCCUCAGUCGGAAAUUCAUCCUGUCAGAACGAGAGGGGGCGCUCAAGUACUUCAGCAAGCAGGAGUUUGUGUAUCUCCCCCAGGCGCGGGACCCCAAGGCGGUGAUGAAGAUUGAGACUCUCAACGCUACGUUCCAGCCGGCUAAGAUAGGCAACCCCUACGGCCUGCAGAUCACCUACCUUAGAGACAACAGCACCAGGAACAUCUUUGUCUACCACAGYGACUCUAAGGAAAUGGUGGACUGGUUCAACGCUAUCAGAGCUGCCAGGUUUCAUUACCUUCAGGUGGCCUUCCCUGGAGCCAGUGACGAGGAGCUGGUGCCCAAACUGACGCGUAGCUUCAUGAAGGAGGGCUUCAUGGAGAAAACAGGCCCAAAACACACAGAGGGCUUUAAGAAGAGGUGGUUCACCAUGGAUGACAGGAGACUCAUGUACUUCAAAGAUCCCCUGGAUGCCUAUGCGAGGGGAGAGGUUUUCAUCGGCAGUAAGGAGAACAGCUACACCGUGCUCUCGGGCCUUCCCCCCUCCACCCAGGGCUACCACUGGAACCAUGGCAUCACCAUAGUAACACCAGACAGGAAGUUCCUGUUUGCCUGCGAGACAGAGGCGGAGCAGAAGGACUGGAUCACUGCUUUUCAGAGGGUUAUCAACAGACCCAUGAGACCACAGGAGUACGCAGUGGAGGCCCACUUCAAACACAAGCCCUGAGACUGGAGCUAGAGCUGUCGGUCUACUGGACUAAGACCAGAACAGRCAGGAUUUCUCGACAGAGACCCCAGAAUAAGUCUAUGGGGCUCUAGUGUACCUUUACAGAGGGAGCAAGAUGGUAGACAUGGAGGAAAUGCAUCCGAGAGGAGAGAGGUAUCAAUAGAAAACACUUUCUUCUCCACCUCUCCUGACCUGAUGCCCAAACCUGGGGUUAGAGGUCAGGGGGUUUGAGAGGAGAGAAAAGGACAUAGAAACGUCAACACCCUUGCUGCUGCUCUCCACAUAGACUCUCCAAACUGCACCCCCCGCUCUAUGUGUUGUGAUCAGCAUCCCAUGUCCGCCGUGUUUGUUGAGAGCAGUACUGUCAUUUUAAUUAUUGAUUGAACACUUUUGAUGCCAGUGGAUUUAUGCAAUUUCUCAGAUUGUUCUGCAUAAUCUGCAUWCAUUUAACUUUCAAGGUGCUGACCAAACCUAUGCUUCUGGACAGGGUUAGGGUUUUACGCAUCUCGUGGCAGUUAUUUAUUUUUGAAAUGCAAAUGUAAAUAUUUUCUCAGUGAAUGCUGCUUCAUGCAACAGGAUUGUAAUGUAUUUAAUAUCAUACUGUAUACAGUACCAUUGAAAAGUUUGGACCCA